GAUCAGUACGCCCUGUUAUCAGAUCUACGCCACACGGUCGUAACGCUCAUAGAACAAGUUUUUUGUUGGCUGCUGAUUCUGAUGCCCUUGCUGGGCGUCAUCUCACAGGUUUAUGUAUGGGAUAUUUUUAGUUGAUAUCAUGAGGUGGGCGGGGCUAAAAGCUUCUAUUUAAACGUAUUUAUUUUUGCAUCACACUCUUGUGUGUCACAUGCACUAACCAGGCUCUGAUAUGUUGCAGCUCUGGGCUCCCAGACUGGUUUGGCUGGUUUGCGGCCUCACCACAGUGUGUGUGUUUACCACGGGAGCCCCUACAAACGAUGGUUACCGAAAAUCCUCUAUGGGAACAGAGUAUGACAUCUGCGAAGCUGUCUGCUAUGAGAAUCGUCUUCAUCCAGGGGCAGGGCUUUCAUGUUGUGGAAAGCAAGUUUUCAACCCUGCAGCAGCCACUUGUUGUGAAGUAGUCCAUGAAUACAAAGUAACAGCUUGUGUCACACCCGGUCUGAGCCAAAAGGUAUCAUCAUGCUGUGGACUGAAGGCCUACAAUUCACUCAAUGAAAUAUGCUGUAAUUCAACUGUUCUAACCAAACCAGCACCACUGGCCCAAUGUUGCGGUAAAGCGGCUUAUGAUGGAGACAAGCAGCUGUGCUGUGGUCCUAACCGCACAAUCCUGACGAGAACAUCCAAAAGUCACGAGUGCUGUGGAGUUGACCAGUACGACACAAAGACUCAAUGCUGCUGUUUCAUUAAUAAUACUCUUGAGAUACAUCCUAAUAAUUCCAGCUACUGCGUGAACAAGUCAGCCCCCUGUGGAGCAAAGAAGUUCAACACACUUAGCGAACUCUGCUGCAACUCUACUGUUGUAGACAAACUUUCACCAACCUCCAAAUGCUGCGGUGAAAAGGCUUAUGAUGGAGACAAGCAGCUGUGCUGUGGUCGUAACAGCACAAUCCUGACGAGAACAUCCAAAAGUCACGAGUGCUGUGGAGUUGACCAGUACGACACAAGGACUCAAUGCUGCUGUUUCAUUAAUAAUGCUCUUGAGAUCUGUUCCAAUAAUUCCAGCUGCUGUGUGAACAAGUCAGCCCCCUGUGGAGCAAAGAAGUUCAACACACUGAGCAAGCUCUGCUGCAACUCUGCUGUUAAAGUCAAACUUGCAUCAAACUUCAAACUCUGCGGUGAAACGGCUUAUGAUGGAGACAAGCAGCUGUGCUGUGGUCCUAACCGCACAAUCCUGACGAGAACAUCCAAAAGUCACGAGUGCUGUGGAGUUGACCAGUACGACACAAAGACUCAAUGCUGCUGUUUCAUUAAUAAUACUCUUGAGAUACAUCCUAAUAAUUCCAGCUACUGCGUGAACAAGUCAGCCCCCUGUGGAGCAAAGAAGUUCAACACACUUAGCGAACUCUGCUGCAACUCUACUGUUGUAGACAAACUUUCACCAACCUCCAAAUGCUGCGGUGAAAAGGCUUAUGAUGGAGACAAGCAGCUGUGCUGUGGUCGUAACAGCACAAUCCUGACGAGAACAUCCAAAAGUCACGAGUGCUGUGGAGUUGACCAGUACGACACAAGGACUCAAUGCUGCUGUUUCAUUAAUAAUGCUCUUGAGAUCUGUUCCAAUAAUUCCAGCUGCUGUGUGAACAAGUCAGGUGUGUCUGAACGUUAGCUUGUAAGGCUC